GGGGCAGCACCGGCCGAGCCGGAGGGUGGGUGUGGACGUCUCCCGCCUUCCAAGCCUCCCGGCAGGUUCCAGCGGCGGCCAGGGCCUCUGGAGCCAAGCAAGCUAGGGACGCCCUGGAUGCGAAAACCUCGGUGCUGAAGAACCCCCAGGGCUCCCUCCACCCGGGCGGGGACAGGGACGCGCCAGGGAUCCAGUUCUUUGGGCCUCCGGAAGUCGAAAGACACCCGCCUAAGAGCCAGGCAGCAGCAGGCCACGGUCGCCGAGUCACCCGACGAGGAAUCCUAACGCACGCGCAGGAGCGCACAGCGGGCGCACUCCCCGGAGUCGGGGGUGGGAGUGGGUACCCGGAGGCCUGCCAACGCCACUCCGAGCACGGGCCUCGAAACCUCCGCUCUCCUCCCUCGCAGGCUCCGCCUCCGCAAUGGGUCCGGGACCGAAGGGAGAAACCCUUCCUCCCGGCCCCAACCGUCAACCCCGCAGACCAGGAGCCCUCGGGCUCCGCCACGCUCCCGGCCAGAAAUUUUAUGAAUAAGCAUCAGAAGCCAGUGCUAACAGGCCAGCGGUUCAAAACUCGGAAAAGGGAUGAAAAAGAGAAAUUCGAACCCACAGUCUUCAGGGAUACACUCGUCCAGGGGCUUAAUGAAGCUGGUGAUGACCUUGAAGCUGUAGCCAAAUUUCUGGACUCCACGGGCUCAAGAUUAGAUUAUCGUCGCUAUGCGGACACCCUCUUUGACAUCCUGGUGGCUGGCAGUAUGCUGGCCCCUGGAGGAACACGCAUAGAUGAUGGUGACAAGACCAAGAUGACCAACCACUGUGUGUUUUCAGCAAAUGAAGAUCACGAAACCAUCCGAAAUUAUGCUCAGGUCUUCAAUAAACUCAUCAGGAGAUACAAGUAUUUGGAAAAGGCAUUUGAAGAUGAAAUGAAAAAGCUUCUCCUCUUCCUUAAAGCCUUUUCCGAAACAGAGCAGACAAAGUUGGCGAUGCUGUCCGGGAUCCUGCUGGGUAAUGGCACCCUUCCUGCCACCAUCCUCACCAGUCUCUUCACCGACAGCUUAGUCAAAGAAGGCAUUGCAGCUUCAUUUGCUGUCAAGCUUUUUAAAGCCUGGAUGGCAGAAAAAGAUGCCAACUCUGUUACCUCUUCCUUGAGAAAAGCCAACUUGGACAAGAGGCUGCUUGAGCUCUUUCCCGUUAACAGGCAGAGUGUGGAUCACUUUGCUAAGUACUUCACCGACGCGGGGCUCAAGGAGCUCUCCGACUUCCUCCGCGUCCAGCAGUCCCUGGGCACCAGAAAGGAGCUGCAGAAGGAGCUCCAAGAGCGGCUGUCCCAGGAAUGCCCGAUCAAGGAGGUGGUGCUUUAUGUCAAAGAAGAAAUGAAGAGGAACGAUCUCCCUGAAACCGCCGUGAUUGGACUCCUGUGGACCUGUGUGAUGAACGCGGUGGAGUGGAACAAGAAGGAAGAACUUGUUGCAGAGCAAGCUCUUAAGCACCUGAAGCAAUAUGCUCCCCUGCUGGCCGUGUUCAGUUCCCAAGGCCAGUCAGAGCUGAUCCUCCUCCAGAAGGUCCAGGAGUACUGUUACGACAACAUCCACUUCAUGAAAGCCUUUCAGAAGAUCGUGGUUCUCUUUUACAAAGCUGAUGUUCUGAGCGAAGAAGCAAUAUUGAAAUGGUAUAAGGAAGCACAUGUUGCCAAAGGCAAAAGUGUUUUUCUUGACCAGAUGAAGAAAUUUGUUGAGUGGUUACAAAAUGCAGAAGAAGAAUCAGAAUCAGAAGGUGAAGAGAAUUAAACAGCUGGACAAGCACAAUAAUAUCUAACACCACACUUUUUGAUUAGGAAUGCUGAAAUAUUUGGGAAGAGAAACUGGGCUUCUGUUUUCACAAAGGAAAAUUAAAUAGGAUAGGCUUCCCUUGUGCAGAGGGGAAAUGGUUUUUGUUUUUGUUUUGUUUUUAAAUGGAGCCCUGAGGCAUCGGCUGUCACACUUGGGACUCUACCUCUCACCUAUUUGCUAACUUAAAGCCAUUCAACGAGGAGUCCAGUAGUAAUCAAAAAUUAAAUACUCAGCAGACUCCUUUUUUAGCUGUAUUUUUCAGGUACUGUGUGGUGAACGCCCACUGGUGUCUAUUACAGGGCCACUUUAGUAGUUGUGUAUCAGCUCGUGUAUGUGAUUUGACAACCAGUUUUUUAAAAUAAAUGGCUUUUUAAAAAUCUGCGCUUAUA